AUGGCAGCUGUUCAGAACGCCCUCGCCAAGAGUUUCAAGGCUCUGCACACCUCUGGAACUCCCCUCAUCUUUGCAAAUAUCUACGAUGCAGUAUCUGCACGGGCUGUAGCUUCUUUGCCUAGCGCAAAGGCCCUUGCUACUGCUAGCUAUGCGGUUGCAGAAGCCGCAGGUCUCAAAGAUGACACAUUGACGCGGGCCGUUAAUGUGACAGCAGCUAGAAAUAUUGCUUCAGCCAUUCAAGAAUUCGGAAAGCCUUUGUCGGGCGUAACAGAACUUCUUAGGGCUGGCGUUGUCGGGAUUAAUCUCGAGGACUAUAACGGAAGCGCAAAGAAAUUCUACAGCAUCUCUGAGGCGGCAGAUCGAGUUAAGAGAGUGCUCAACACAGCCAGCGCCUUUGGAGUACCCGAUUUUGUUGUUAAUGCGCGAUGCGAUACUCUGGUCUAUGGCGGAAACCUCGAAGAAGUAAUUGAAAGAGGCCAUGCAUAUCUUGCUGCCGGCGCCACCACUGUGUUUGUGUGGGGUGCAGGCCGUGGUGUUUCGCGAGAUGAAGUCGUUCGACUUGUCAAGGAGUUUGAUGGAAAACUAAACGUCUUGUUGAACCUCUCUGGUGGAUUAACCACAAAGGAAUUGGCCGCCAUUGGAGUUGCAAGAAUUAGCAUUGGGCCGACUUUGCAGAUUGGUGCUAUGGCAAAACUGCAAAAGGACGCUGAAGCAAUCUUGGCAAUUUGA